AUGACAUCGACAUCAACAUCAACUUUCAAAAUCAAGGACUUGACGUCACUUGACCUCCCGUCCGACAAGAUCGAAGUAGAAGUCGAGGGCAUCGAGAAGGGGAAACUUAUCCUCAUAAAGCAGGGCGGCCAGGUGCAUGCUCUCACUGCGAACUGUACACAUUAUGGUGCGCCAUUGGUAAAAGGAGUUCUAACACCCGAUGCUAGGUUGACGUGUCCGUGGCAUGGCGCUUGCUAUAACAUCGCAACUGGAGACGUGGAAGAUGCGCCGGCUCUAAAUGCGCUACAUAAAUAUGAAGUAUUCGAGAAAGAUGGCGGAGUGUAUGUCAAAGCGGACGAAGCCAGUUUCAAAUCAAAUGGAAGAUUGCCUAUUUCUUCUUGCACUGUGGCUCAACAGGAUCAGAAGGUGGUGAUUAUUGGAGGCGGAAGCGGAACAAUGGGAGCAGUAGAAGUACUCCGUGAACACGGCUUCGGCGGCCAAAUAACAAUAAUGUCCAAGGAACCCAACCUCCCCCUCGACAGAACCAAGCUCUCCAAAGCCCUAAUCCCAGAUCCAGAAAAACUCCUUCUCAGGCCGAAGGAAUGGUACUCCUCCGUCUCCAUCACCACCGUCUCCGACGAAGUCACCUCCGUCGAUUUCCUCAACAAAACCAUAGCCACCAAAUCCGGUAAAACAGUGCCAUAUACAAAACUCAUCCUCGCAACGGGAGGCACUCCACGCCGCCUUCCGCUCCCAGGCUUCAAAGAAUUAGAUAAUGUCUUCACCCUGCGCACGGUGACAGACGUUCAAGCCAUCCUAACCGCCGUGGGACCCAACAAGAAGAAAAAUAUCGUCAUAAUCGGCAGCUCCUUCAUCGGCAUGGAAGUGGGCAAUGCGCUCUCAAAAGAGAACACAGUAACGAUUGUCGGCAUGGAAUCCACCCCCCUGGAGCGCAUCAUGGGCAACCAGAUCGGGCGUGUCUUCCAAUCCAACCUAGAGAAAAACGGCGUGAAAUUCUACAUGUCUGCCUCUGUCGAUAAGGCCACUCCCUCAUCCGCAGAUGCAUCCAAAGUCGGCGCCGUACAUCUUAAAGAUGGCACCAUCCUUCCUGCAGACCUUGUCAUUCUAGGUGUAGGCGUCAGCCCCGCCACGGAGUUCCUGCGCGAUAACCCUGCAAUAACCCUCGAGCAGGACGGGUCCCUAAAGACAGAUGACUAUUUCGCCGUCGAAAGUCUGAAGGGUAAUAACAAAAAUGAUAUCUACGCCAUCGGUGACAUCGCCACAUAUCCCUACCACGGGCCUGGGGCGGGCCAGGGGGGCCGUUCACACGUGCGCAUCGAACAUUGGGAUGUAGCACAGAACUCAGGUCGAUGUGUCGGGCGCACAAUCGCGCAUGCUUUCUCUAGUAAGAGCUCUAUGCCCCUGAAGCCGAAGUCGUUUAUUCCGAUCUUCUGGUCCGCGCUGGGCGGGCAACUCCGGUACUGUGGCAAUACGAUGAACGGGUAUGACGAUUUGAUUGUGCAAGGGGAGCCUGGGGAGGGGAAGUUUGUGGCGUAUUAUUUGCUGGGUGAGACGGUGGUGGCGGUUGCGAGUAUGGGGAUGGAUCCGGUUGUGAUGAAGUGUGCGGAGCUGAUGAGAAGUGGGAAGAUGUUGGGUAAGAAAGAGGUGAAGGAGGGGGUGGAUGUGCUGAAGGUCGACUUGAUUUGA